AUGAAAUCUCUGCAACACUUUACCCUGAUGGACACUUGGAAUGCCUCACAUUUGCUGGUUUGGCCGCUCGUCGCUGGCGCUGCCGUCUCGGGAUUGAUCUACGCACUUAAACCGAAAGCGAUUGGGAAUAUUCCUCAUGGUUCUCUUACUUUUCUGGUUGGGGACUUUCCGGCCAUUUUGGAAAGCGUCAAACAAGGGCUGGGCAUUGGACAUUGGAUAUCACAGCAAUCCUUCAAACACGGACCUAUUAUGAGCAUUCACAUGGGACCGUUGUUCACAAAAGUUGCCGUCACCGAUCCGGAGGAAAUUGAAGACAUACUGCACCACCGCAUGGAUGAUUUU